AUGGCGGGCGUCAAGGUGAACAGCCUUCGAUUCGACCACCACCCUGACACAGAUCCUCUUGGCAUUGGCACGGCAGAACCACGGCUGUCUUGGAGCUUCGCCGGUGAAGCCAAGAAUUGGAAACAGACGUCCUACGAAUUGGAAAUCUCCAAGGCUGGACAAGCAGAAGAUGAGCACAUUCGCGCCGAGACAGACAAUUGUCUCUUUAUUCCUUGGCCAUUCAAGCCGUUGAGAUCUCGCGAAACAGUUGCACUGAGGCUUAAGGCUGCCGGCACCGGUGAUGGAGGGGAAGCAGCAACCGAGUGGACUGCGAAGCAGCAUGUGGAAGCAGGUCUCCUUCAGCGGUCCGACUGGAAGGCCAAAUUCAUCACGUCCACCCAGCAGACGCCGAAGGACAAGCCACACCGACCAGUCCGAUUCAGGAGCCCAUCCUUUGAUAUCAACAUCAAGGAUAAGCUGUCUGGCAACGAGAAACCGAGAGCAAGGCUCUACAUUAGCUCGCUGGGUGUAUACGAGGCUCACAUCAAUGGCACCCGCGUCGGCGAUCUACAGAUGGCACCGGGCUGGACCAGCUAUAAUCACCGGCUGCCGUACCAAGUGUUUGAUGUCACCGACAGUCUCGACUGGACAUCGCAGAACGUUUUGGGUGUUGAGGUAGCAGAGGGCUGGUACGCCACCCGGCUCACCUGGGUUGAUGGCGUCAGGAACGUGUACGGAGACAAAUUGGGCGUGCUUGCACAGCUCGAGAUCCAGAAGCCCGACGGCAGUGUCAUACAGCAGGUCGUCUCAGAUGAUUCCUGGUCCACACACUCGUCGAGCCUUGUGACCAGCGAGUUGUACGACGGAGAAGUGUACGACAUGCGCGACGAUCUCCCGGGCGAUUGGAGGGCUGUCUCGUUCGACCAAGCAAAAGACUGGGACAAAGCGUCCGUUCUGGACUUUGCAUGGGACAAGACCUCGCUGAUAUCUCCCGACGUGCCCCCGGUGCGAGUCACAGAGACUGUCCGACCCAAAGAGAUCUUCAAGAGCAAGAGUGGCAAGACGCUGAUCGACUUCGGGCAGAACCUGGUCGGCAAGAUCCAGAUCCUUCAGACUCUGCAGCUCGAAGAAGGCCAGACUCUCACGCUCAAACAUGCCGAGGUGCUUGAAAACGGUGAGCUCGGGACUCGCCCUCUACGCAAGGCUGGGGCUACAGACAGGGUCAUAUUUGGAAAGGGAAGCACACUGAAAGAUUGGACCCCGAAGUUCACGUUCCAUGGAUUCCGGUACCUCCAAAUCGAAGGAUGGACCCUGGAUGACGCGAAGAGCCCGCCCAGUGCAGACAACAUCGUCGCACUUGUGAUGCACUCGGACAUGGCUCGAACGGGGCAUUUCGACUGCUCCAAUGCCCUUGUCAACCAGCUGCAUUCCAACGUGAUAUGGAGUAUGCGAGGGAACUUCCUGUCCGUCCCAACUGACUGCCCGCAACGAGAUGAACGACUUGGAUGGACGGGUGAUAUCCAGGUCUUCUCGCCGACAGCCUCCUUUUUAUACUCAAGUGGUGGCUUCCUUGCGAAUUGGCUCCAGGAUUUGGCCCUGGAUCAAGAGGCUACUGGAGGGGUCGUGCCUGUCGUGAUCCCCGACGUCCUCACCAGUGAGGCGGGCUGGCCCAAUGAACCACAGGCUGUCUGGGACGACGUAGCCGUCAUACUGCCCUGGGUGAUCUACCAAUGGACGGGCGACGCAGCUGUGCUCCGGCGGCAGCUACCAAGCAUGCGGACCUACAUCGACAAUUCCAUCCGCCGGGACAAGAACGGUCUCCUUUGGGACCCGACCCUGUGGCAGCUGGGCGACUGGCUUGACCCCAACGCACCACCCUCAGAGCCAGGCCUGGCACGGACAGACGGUACACUCGUCGCCGACGCCUACUUGGUGGACGUGACUGGCCUGAUGGCGAAGAUCUCCACCGUCAUUGGCGAAGACGCCCUAGCAGCCAAGUACCAAGCCGACCACACACGUCUCAAGACUGCCUUCCAGGCAGCCUAUGUCGCAGCGUCCGGGCUAGUGGUCGCAGACUCCCAGACAGCACUGGCACUGGCCCUCUCCUUCUCGCUGCACUCCACACCGGAGCAGGCCCGCAACGCAGCAGACCGCCUCGCCCGCCUGGUCCGGUACUCCAAGUUCCGCGUGUCCACGGGCUUCGCGGGGACGCCGCUCGUGCUGCAUGCCCUGUCGCAGAACAAGGAGCACGUGCAGCUGGCGUACCGCAUGCUGCUCGAGAAGGAGUGCCCCUCCUGGCUGUACCCCGUGUCCAUGGGGGCGACGACCACCUGGGAGAGGUGGGACAGCAUGCUGCCCGACGGGACCAUCAACCCGGGCGAGAUGACGAGCUUCAACCACUACGCGCUCGGGUCUGUGGCGGCCUGGCUUCAUGAGGUCGUGGGCGGUAUCAAGAUGCUGGAGCCCGGGUGGAAGAAGUUCAGGGUAGCCCCUGUUCCCGGGGGUGACUUGACGAACGCCACUGUCAGGUUUGACAGUCCGUAUGGUACGAUUGGUGUCAAAUGGACCAUUGCAGACGGCCAGAAGCUCAAGGUCGAGGUUGAGGUUCCGCCUAACACGGAGGCUUCAGUUGUGUUGCCGGGAAAGAAUGAUGCCGACGAAGGCACUUGGGUUGGUUCUGGGCGCCACGAGUACGAUGUUGCGUAUGAAGCGCCUGGGAAAUGGCCCCCUCGCGCCAUGCUCACGCAGAUCCAACAGGAGGAAGAUUAG